AUGAGCUUUCCAGGAAUGACUCCGCCCAUCGGCGGUAUGGGAGGAGCAAACAAUAUGCAGGGCAUGAGUGAUCAGGAGCAGGCAAUGGUCAAGGCGAUGCACGCAGCAAUGGAAUCCUGUCCCGUCAAGACCGCCAUCUCCGGUACGAUGGGUUUUGCGCUGGGCGGUGCCUUCGGCUUGUUCAUGGCUAGUAUGUCCUACGACUCCGCAUUCACCCCCCAAGGAGCCGCGCUCUCCGACCUCCCCUGGCGCGAACAACUCCGCCGCGGAUUCAAAGACAUGGGCGCCCGCUCCUGGUCCUCGGCGAAGAACUUCGGUAUUGUCGGUGCCCUCUACGCCGGCACGGAGUGCUGCAUCGAGGGCCUGCGCGCGAAGAACGACCUCACGAAUAGCGUGGCGGCCGGUUGCAUCACGGGCGGGAUCCUCGGUGCGAAGGCGGGCCCGCAGGCUGCAGCUGCUGGCUGCGUUGGUUUUGCGGCUUUCAGUGCGGCGAUCGAUGCGUAUAUGAGGAUGCCGUCGGAGGAGUAG